GUUUUUUUAGUAUUAAUAAGAAUAAAAAACAAAUGAUUUAAAAUCAUAAUCAAUAUUCAGAUUUGUUGAAUAAUUAAAGAGACAGUAAUGGUUCUUCUUUGUAUUAAUCAAAUAGUCAUAUUGUUUUUCAAGAUUUUUAAGAGAUGAUUGAAGAAUAAUCAGAUAAGUAAUAGCAGGAUAUAGAAUAAUUUUAGCAGGAUUUCUAAGAAUCUACUAAAGAUGAUAACCAUGAAGAUGUAGCAUUAAAAUAUAAUUAAACAAAGAUAGAUUUAGUUAGGAAUUAUUAGAAAAAGAUAGAAAAGUUUAAUAGAUUGCUUGAAGGAAAGAGAGUUGUCAAUAAACCUAAUUAGGUGGAAUUUAUUCCUGUUAGCUUGAUAAAUGAAAAGAUAGAUAUUAAUUAUAGAUUUUAUAUUUUUGGGCAUAUUGAAAUUCCUACUAACUUAGAUUCUUUGGAGAGUUCUCAGCAAAUUUGCUGUUAAACAAUCUACCAAAAAAGCUCAAGUGGAAUUUAAGUUAAAUUUGAUAAAGCGUUGGAUUUUUUUGAAUUCUCUUCUAAUAAUGUUUCCUAUGGAAUCAACUAAUUUUAGUUUUUAUGCGAUUUUCUAUCAAGUUAGAAUAGCAAGGCACAAAGAGAAUUGGCUUUGGUGCUUGAAAAGUAUUAGCAAGAAGUUAAUUUAAUACUUUCAAAGUAGAAAUAUUUCUAAAAAAUAUCAAGCUAAGUCUAUUAAGAGAUAGAAGAAGACUAUCAGCAAUUCUCUGAUUAUGUAAAAUAUAAAGCAUCCUAAUUAGAGAAAGGUACAAUCUUCAAGUAUUUGGUAGGCAGAAUGAAUUACUAUCUAGGAGAUAUAGAAAUCACAAAAUUUGGACUAUGCUAAGAAUAUUUAAAAUUAAUAGGAGUUAAUAAAGAAAUACUCGAAUAUACCUUCAUGAGGGGAAAUCCAAUUAAUAUGGAAAAUAUUUUUAAAAGUUCAUACUAAACAAUACUAAAAGAUGUGUAGAAAAGAAUUGAAAAUGACUUAGAAAGUUUAACUGUUUACUUUAACAUAGUCACAUUCGAUGGAUUUAAUCUAGAUUUGCAGCUAACAACCACUAAAAUAGCGAGCCCUUUCACGAGGCAUUAGUAAACUCCAUACGACCAUAUAGGAUAUAUAGAAUAAAUUUAUGUGCCACCAAAUUAGCUAGAAGCAUUAAAAACAUACAGGCAAAACCUAGCACACUCUAAAAAUUGUAUAACAUAUGAUCAGUAUUUAAACCUAGAGAUAUCAAAACUAUUCGAAUGUGUUGAAUACUCAGUAUUUUCUGAAAUGUUCUUAGACAAGUAUUAUAGUUAACCUUAAAAAAAAUAUUGAAUUUAAUUUCAUAAAAUAACCCAUUUAUUUGAAAUAUUCAUUUGCUUAUUUCAAAAAGUAAAUCUAUUUCAUAAAAAUUCUAAUUAAAACAAUUAAGUUAAUAUUAAUCUAAAAAUAUGCUCUUAGAAAAGAAAGCUAUAU